GACAAAAAUAAUUACCGAAAAAGACAAAAAUAAUAAGGCUAAAACAUUAAAAAAGAAAAUGACUCAAUAAAAAAGACUUCUGCUUGUACACCGUUGGUGACGGGUGUAUAUUAUCACAGCCACGGAUGCCUACGGUCAAUUGACGGGCAGAGGCUUCCGUUGAAAGUACCGCAUUUAUGGACGGCCAGACUGGCUGUCAUUAAAAGGCUGUCGCUAAAGCACUUAUUUCUUGUAGUGAAUCAAUUCUCCCUUCAUCUCCAUCGACCCCACUCCCAACGAAACAUGGCUACUUCUUCUCCCGCAUCCGCCAAUGAAACAGAGACCCUCGCCAUCCAGCGCAGAAGCUCGAAAUCAUACGAGAUCUGAGGAUUUCGCGGAAGGGCAGGACAAGAGUUUUACUAGCGGACGGGGAGGGCCUCGAAGCGAGGAUACCGCCAUGGCCAAUUUCUUAGGGUACGACCUAGAAUUGACGAAGGUCCACAACAAUUCCGAGCUCAGGAAGAUUCUUAUGAAGACGAGCUCAAAGUCGAUUAUCGUGAUUGAGGACAUCGACUGCUCGAUUAAACUCGGGAAUCGUAAGAAGAGUUGCUCGAGCGGCGGAAACAGAUGAGGCUCGUCAGGCUUCUACGAGGCGGCGGCGGCGGAGAUGAGAAGUCAUAGAGAGAAAUAAAGAUACAGAGUAGUCGUUCCUCCUUCCCCUGAGGGGCGAACAUCCAGUCUCGAUCGAUCUCUCUUUCCAUCUCCAUUGGCGUCUCGAACGAUGAGGUCUCCCGUCUCAGCUUUGAGGUAAAGUCUUCAUAUCUUCAUCUUACCGCUCGGCUUCGCAAUCCCACAUCCCACUCUCUCUACCUCUCAUCUUCGCAAGUCGCCUCACACCCACCCUCCGUUAGCGCUCACGAAAUGGUGGGUAUUGUUAUUUGGUUUGAUUGGCAUACUGAUAGGAGAAAGAGAUGGAAAAAGGGGAAGGAUUCGUUGCCAAGUUUGCACAGAAGAAUUGAAAGUAUGAGAUCUAUAAAAUUGUGUGUUUUAAGUUUAUUUGUACCUUUUUUAAUGUAAUUUGAGUUAAAUGAUGAUGUUUUGGGAGAGAAUUGGGUCUUUUUAGGUUUUGGGUUAAAACUGGAUCGGCUUGUUGGUGAUUGCAGAUGAUGGUGAACAGGCGGUGGUGGUGAUUGCAGAAGAGGAUAACCAUUAUAAUUUUUUAUUGUUUUAAUUUAAUGAUUUAUUGUUUUUAUUUUUACGAGAGGUGAUUACUUUUUUUAUUAUUUUUAUUUAAUUAGAUUUAAAGAAAGGAUAAAUUUUGAU